AUGGCGCUGAAGCGCGGGUUGCGCUUCACAGCUAGCCUCGGCAAGACGCCGAAAGAGUCGAGAAUCCUGCUCCUGGAGGUGGCGCAGGAUGGCGUCAAGUGCUCGCACACCGGCGGCGAUGCGUGGUGCUUCGUGACCGCAGAGUCGGGCGCCGCCGCGGCGGGCGACGACAGCGAGGAGGGCGCCCCCACCGGCCCUCAGAAGUGCAACGCUUGGGACCGCAAGGGCCGCAACCCCGCCAUGAACGUGUACGUGCACCUGGGCAGCAGCACCGGUGACACCGACAGCAGCGGGCCCGGCGGCAGCAGCGGCGAGGGUGGCGGCGGCGGCGAGGAGGCUGCGGAGGAGGGGCCUGUGCGGUGCAAGCUGGGCGUGCUGGUGCAGCAUGCGCUGCCCAAGCUGGCGGGGCAAGUGGGCGGCUACGCCGGGCUGGGCCUAGAUUGGGUGACCUGGACGGCAGAGGGCUCUGGCGGCGCGCCGCGCAUCGCCACCGUCGCCGGCGUUGGCGAGCAGGACGACGAGCACUGGGGCCGGCUGCGGCAGCUGACCAUCUCCUGGCAGGCCAAAGAGAAGGAGACGGGGGCGGGCACCACCACCGGCAGCCUGCAGCCCCCUGACUCUGCAGAAGAGGUGGCGCUACGGCGAGCAAAGGAGACGCUGGUGGAGGCUGCCCGCUUCUUUGGGCCCGAGGCGGUGGCGCGGGUGGGGCGCCUGACGGUACGCAAGCUGUACCAGCGGGAGUACCACUUCUUCGAUGGAGAGGCAGACGUGGCCGACUCCCGGCGGCACGCGCUGGAGUGGGCGGUGGGGCUGGCUGCAGUGGAGCACAUGCUGGCAGUCAAUUACGAUGCCCGCGCCAAACUGAAUGAGCGGCUGUCGGGCCCGGGCAGCGGCGGAGGCGGCGGCGGCGCGCCGCUGCGCAAGCGCCCGCGCCCGCCCGGCGCGCCGCCCGCCGGCGGCGGCGGCAGCCGCCGCGUGCUGCUGUCGGCCGGCGGCGGCAGCCCGCGAGACCCGUUCACCGGCCUGCCGCGAGCGGCAGCCACGCCGGCCGGCGCAGCCGCCGCGGCGGCAGCAGCGGCGGGGCUGCCGGUGGCGCUCCCAGUAGCGCGCUCAGCAGGUGCUCGGCAGGCGGACGCGACCGCUGCCAUGCACGGGGUCCUCGCCCCGGCGGCGCCGCUGCAGGGCCUAGCGGGCCUGCUGGCGCCGCCGCAGCUGGCCGCACUGCAGCAGCAGGUGCUGCAGCGGCCCGCAGAGUCGACUGCGCGGGUGCCCGCUGCUGCUGCUGCGGCGGCGGCCGCGCUGCCGCCGCCUGCAGCCGCUCCCACCCCCACGGCGGCCACGCCAGCAGCCUCCAUGGCGUUCUCAGACUGGCUCCUGCACCUUCAAGCUCCCGAGCCCAGCACAGUCAGCUAUGGCAUGCUGCAGCAGCAGCAGCAGCAGCAGCAGCAGCAGCAGGCAGGAGGCUCGCCCACCGCGCCCGCGGAGCCGGGGCUGCGGUCGGCUGGAGGCUCGCACCAGCAGCUGCCGCUGCUCGGGGAGCUCUCCGGGGUGCUGGCGCACUCGCCUGCGGCCGCUCCGCUGCAGGCCCUGCAGCCGGCGGCGCCGGCCGCCGGCUCCACGGCCCUGGGGCAGCUUCCCGGGCAGCAGCAGGCGGCGCAGGCGGCGGCGCAGGCGGCGGCGCAGGCGGCGGCGCAGCAGGCGGAGCUGGUACCGCUGGAUGCGGCGCUGGAUGCCUGGGAGCAGCACGACGCGGUACGGCGGCAGCUGGACGAGGCGCAGCGCCAGCUGGCGCAGCGGGACCGCGAGCUGGCCUCCUUGCGCCAGCAGCUGGCGGCUGCGCAGCAGCGCCUGGCGGGCCAGCCCGCCCCAGCGGGAGCCGCAGGCGGCAGCUCCGGCGGCUCCUCGCCGCGGGGCGUGCUGGAGGACACGGCGGCGGCGGCCAAGGCGGCGGCCAAGGCGGCAGCUGCCGCGCAGCUGGCGGACCUGCAGGCGCUGCUGCCGCAGGGCCUGCGCCUGCAGCUGUCGCAGCUGUUCAGCCAGCGGCAGGAGCUGCUGCCGUUUGCCGGCGCCAUCCAGGAGCUGUCGUGCCGCGCGGUGGAGCAGGCGCUAGGGGUGUAUGCCACCCUGGCCACAGCCGCAGCCGUGCCCGCCCCGGCCCUAGCACUGCCGCCACAGCCGCCAUACUAG